CUUCUUCUUUACAAAGGGCCCUCGUCUCGCUCGUCGCUGUGGCCCUCGUCUCGCCGGAUUUUGCAGAGUCUUCCGCCUCUACAGGAAAGGAUUGACUAAAUGCAACCUUUGGCUAGCAUGGCGACUAGACGCGGACUCCUGCUGGUCCUUGUGGUUGCUCUUUGUGAAGUAAGUGCGCUGGGUCGGACGCCCUUAUGGGACGGUAAUAUUAUGAUGCCGACUGGAGAGGGGCACAAGGGUGAGGAGGGGACUCGCUGGGCUAUCCUUAUUGCUGGUUCAGCUGGAUACUGGAAUUAUCGACAUCAGGCUGAUGUAUGCCAUGCAUACCAAAUCCUGAAACGUGGAGGCUUGAAGGAUGAGAACAUUAUCGUAUUUAUGCACGAUGACAUCGCAUACCACCCCGAGAACCCAUAUCCAGGAACAAUUAUCAACAAACCUGAUGGACCCGAUGUUUACCAAGGCGUCCCCAAGGAUUAUACAGGUUCCGACGUGACUGUGAGCAAUUUGUAUGCCGCUAUCCUAGGUGAUAAGAGUGCCAUCGAAGGAGGCACUGGAAAGGUGGUUGACAGUGGUCCUAAUGAUCACAUCUUCAUCUAUUACUCGGACCACGGUGGCCCUGGUGUGCUUGGUAUGCCCAACCCGCCGAACCUUUAUGCAGAUGACUUUGUGGGCAUUCUUAAGAAGAAGGCUGCAGCCGGAACUUUUAAAGAGCUUGUGAUAUACCUCGAGGCUUGUGAGAGUGGCAGUAUUUUUGAGGGGCUUUUACCAGAGGGCUUAAACAUCUAUGUCACUACUGCCUCUAAUGCAGUGGAAAGCAGCUGGGGCACUUAUUGCCCUGGCAUGUAUCCAUCACCACCUUCUGAAUACGGAACUUGCUUGGGUGAUCUCUACAGUGUCGCAUGGAUGGAAGACACUGAGAAGGAAAACUUGAAGAAGGAAACACUUGAGGACCAGUAUCUUAUUGUCAAGUCUAGAACCUCAAACCACAAUACAUACAGGUCUGGCUCCCACGUGAUGCAGUAUGGUGAUCUUAAAAUUGAUGUGGAAGAAUUGGAGCGCUACCUUGGUUUCGACCCAGCGAAUGAAAAUGUUACAAAGCCUGGGCUUUCGGAGUUAUCCCCGGUCAACUCUGACAUCGUCACGCAUGUUCCUCAGAGAGAAGCCGACCUUGUCCAUCUUAAACACAAGUUCUAUAAUGCUAAGAAGGGAUCAUUGAGGGAAGCAAACGCUGCAUCAGAACUUGCAAAAACAAUCUUACAUCGAAGGCACUUGGAUGACAGCGUGAGGUUGAUUGGUGAGCUUUUGUUUGCGGGAGAGGACGCACUUCAGAAGCUCGGUGCAGUUCGCCCAGCUGGGUCUGUAGUUGUGGACGACUGGGCUUGCCUCAAGAACAUGGUGCGCAUUUUUGAAGCAAGCUGUGGUCCACUGACUCAGUAUGGCAUGAAACACAUGCGUGCGUUUGCUAAUAUUUGCAACGCUGGAAUCAAUUCUUCAAGAAUGUCACUGGCAUCGUUAGAGGUCUGCAAAAUCAGCACCAGUGUCGAUCUUGGGAUCUGGAGCCCUGUCACUUCUGGAUUUAGUGCAUAGGUGCGGCAAUUUCAAGUUUCUCGCCAUCGCUUACGCAACAAAUCUCCAGAGAAACUUUAAUAUUCUCUUUCGUAAAGCAACAUUGUACAGCAGCCACCUUUUUUAGUAUUCAUAGUUGGUGUGAUAUUCCUUCAACUCCAGCAUUGAAUGUAAUUCAUAUAGACCGGGAAAUGACGAUUUCCACCUCCAAUUCUCCAGCCAGCAGUUUAAUCAACCCAGAUACAACAUUCGAAAAUAGGGUAUUAAUUUCUGGUUGCAAGCACGGGGGGUUUGCGAUGUAUUGGUGCAGACUUUGUUGUAUUCACUAUCUUAAGCGGAGGUCAGGUAUUUACAUUUAAAGUUGUAGAAUACAUUCUGUGGUUGGCUAGGUAUUUAUUUUUUGGAUUACCUCCAUACUGUCGAACCUGAAAUUAAGGUUCUUCAUCUGCACUUAUGUACAAUCUCAUAUUUAUCGUGGAAGGAAAUUGUGAUGCGCAAUUUAUGAACGAAUGCGCCUAUUUAGUUUUUAAUUGGAA